ACGAUCAGGCAACUCAUCUGGGAUAGUCAGAGCCUUUUAAAAGCAUUUUUUAUAUAACCUCUUCGGCCACUCCCAUAGAACCGGCAAUAACAAAUUUUACAUUUCACUACUGGUAACAAUUCAAUUUAGGAAAAUGUCCCCUAGGCUGCAUCAAAUGUGACCAGAUUCUUAAUAUGGGAAUAAUAUAUUUAAGAAAAUAAUGGUAGUUCUUGACUUAUGACAACAACUGGAACUAGAAUUUCUCUUGCUAAGCAAGUUAAAUGAGUCAGGCCCAUUUUUAUGACCUUUUGUUGCCAUGGUUGUUAAGUAAAUCUCUGCAGUUGUUAAGUGAAUCAUGUGGUCAUGAAGCCAAUGUGGCUUUUCCCCGUGAUUUUGCUUGUCAAAAUCUGUCUGGGUAGGUCUGAAAUGACGUCCCAAAGGUGCUUUUCCAAAAAGCAACUGUAUUUUCUUGUUUUUCCCCUUGAAAAUGGGAAGCUGCUUCAGUUUUAGUUUCUUGAAUGAGAAGCAAAAUAAGUUCAAGGAAAAAAACCCAAGAAAGUCAAGUUGCCUUUUGGAAAAGCACCUUUGGGACAACCAUGACACCUGGAUGACAGAGAAUCUCCAUCGACGUCCCAAAUGGGGAUUAUACAACCCUGGGACAAUGCAGCCAUUGUAAGUACAUGCUGGUUGCCAAGCACCAACCUUUGAUGACGUGACCAUAGGGAUGCUGCAAUGGUUAUAAGUGUGAGGACUGAACAUAAAUCACUUAUUUCAGUGCUUUUGUAACUUUGAACAGUUGCUAAACAAAAGGUCAUAAGUUAAGGACUACCUUUGUACUCUCUUUCUGCGCUUUCCCAGUUCCUUAUUGCUCCCACUUUUGUGGGAGCAAUACCCACCAGGGUAUGUGUGUUUGUGUGUUAAAAUAUUAAAAAAGGUUUAGAGGGCAACAUUGAUCACAUAAUUAUGGCUUCCAUUUUGACUCUGAGUUCCUUGCAUAUGCCCCUGGUAAACCCCAUUAAGUGUUAACAAUCUUUUACAUUAUCCAUUAUUAGUGCCAGUAUUUAAAGUCAUUAUUUGCUUUCCUAGGUUUAGUGAGACAAUUACAUUUAAAUGUUUAAGAUCAGUGGUGGGAUUCAAAUAAUUUAACAACCGGUUCUCUCCCCUAAGGACUGGCUGGGUAGGCGUGGACGGGUGGUCAUGUGACUUGGUGGGCAUGACCAACUCGAUGUCACUCAUCACACCUAGCCCUGCCUCCCAGCCACUCGCCUCAAAGGCACAGGUGGGAUUCAGCUGGUCCAGGCUAAUCCCACCACUGGCCGGCCCUGCCCUCGCCCAUUUUUUGGCCCAUUUUGAAGUCUACAAGUCUUAAACUUGCCAAGGUUAUAUACCCCUGAGUUAGAUGUUCUUAUAGAUAAGCAUUUUUCAAAUUUGGCAACUUUUAAGAUAUCUAGAUUUCAACUUCCAGAAUGGUGUCCAGGCAAUUCUGGAAGGCCACACAUUUUAGGAUUGCAAGCUUAAAAAUACUGUCAAAAAUGGGCAAAUUAAGACCCUUUUUAGGGAUCUGUGCUUCGGUCUCCUUAAAAAAAUAUUGCAGAUUAUCCUGAGCAGUAUAUCUAUGAAGGAAGAUUCUAAUAGAAACAUGGACCUUAAUUUAUGAGAAAAAAUUCACAAUGAUCUCAACAGAAGUUUUCCUCAGCUCUGCUUUGCCUGAAUAUGCAAUAUCUAUGUUCUGUCAUUGAUCAUUGUGGCCCUAAAACUAGACACAAAGUUCUCUCAAUCACAAGAAUUGUCCUCCAUUCUCUUUAUUUAUAUUCUGGAAUAGUCAGAUAAUGAGGAAAAGCUGAGCUGGAGAGAUAUAUGGACAGACAUUAAUAUUGAUUAACUGUUAUCACUGGAAAAAAGGGACUUUUAUACUUAUACUUAAGAUUCUUUCCCUACCCCACCCCAUUACUUUUUUGGGGGGGGAAGUCUCUUGGUUUUUUCCUCCUCCUUUCCUUGAUUUCUUUUCAAAGAGUCUGCUUGUUGUCCAAUUAAAUGUGCUAGAGACAAAUGUGUGUUUUAAAGCGCAAGAGAUGUAUUGAUAUGAGGAAAAGAUCCAAAUGGGUGGAAAGAUUUUUGACCCUCUUUCAAGCUUAUUUUCUCAGAAUUGGUUCUAAAACGAUGUAAAGUUUAUUAGUACACAAAUCGUAAUUGGAGCAAAGAAGGAAGCAGGGGGCUUUAGGAAGACAACAUCAUGGCAGUUCAAGUUUUUGAUGAAGUUUUCUUGUUUUCCUUAUUUUCAUAUCUUGGCUUUAAAUCAACCCAAAGACAUUACAUUUGUUCAACAUAAUCUAUGUAUGGGGUAUGGAAACUUAUAUCAAUUUUUUUCACAAAGUUUUGCUGUAGUACAGGUGUUACUGUUAGUAGUGCAAUUUUAUAAUAUUUCAUAUGGUUGUAUAAUAAUCCAAAUUCAGAAGGGGUGAAGACUCACUUUAUGUUUUCCAGCAAAUGUUUAAAAGAUGUGUGCAGAGGGGCAGGAAAAAGCACAAUGGAUGGUGAGGUAUUGAGAGGUCUGAAGUGUGUGCCCACACAAGCUAUGAAUUUCUCUUCCCCUUUCAAAUCCAGAUUGUUGUACAGCUUUUUCGGGCCGUCUUCUGGGCCAUUUCAUGGGUUGUUUUUUUGGGCUGUGUUUUGGGCAUUUUCAGGUGGUUUUGGGGGCCAUUUUUGGGGCCACUUUGGAACUUCAGUAGUAGUAAAUAAAUAGAGAGGGAAAUUGUACUUUGUUGAGGCCUUUUGACUCAAUUUCUCUCUCUAUUUACUACUACUAAACAUCCAAAACAGCCCAGAAAACGGCCAAAAGCAGCUCGAAAAACAGCCAGAAACAGCCUGAAAAUGGGCUAAAAAACAGGUCAGAAACAGCUGAAAAACAGGCCGAAAAAUGGGUGGGGACAGGGCCAACCAAUGGUGGGAUUAGCCGGUUUGCCAAACUGGACAGAAUUUUAACCAGUUUGCUCGAACCGGUCCUAACUGGCUGAAGCCCACCCCUGCUUAAGAUCCUAAAUGCCAAAAAUCAGCAUAAAUAAUGAAAGCUGGGUCUUUGUUACAAAACACACCCAACAAAAUAUGCUAAUAUUACUCAUCAGCCUAAACAUUCUAGCACCUGUUUCUCUGUUCAGGUUUUGCCUACAUUUGGUUGGUAAAAGAGUGUCUCCAAUGGAGAAUUCAGUGUGCCAUUUCUUAGAUGCAAAUUUCAGUCCCAACUUCCAGAGAAGGGAAAUUUAAAACCAAGAGCAGUCUAGGAAAUAUCUUUAUUUGGACGUAGUGCUUAAUGGAAUAGUCAGAAGCAUGUUUGUGCUUGAUUUUGAUGAUGGAUUUGAGGGAAAAAGAUCAGGAGAUGAUCCUUUUGUGUUAACUGGUCACUAAAAAUGAGAUAAAGCUAAUCUGAAAAGAUAAUUUAAGAUUUGUAUGUUCUUUCUAAGGAAGAAGAAAGCUUUCCGCUGUGUCAGUCUCAGAGCGUUAAAAUGGUCUUUUAUGAACUGUUUGGGUCAUUAGUGAAACUUCUUGGAAGCCCCAGCGUUAAUCAGAAAAAGUCCAGAUUGGGAAGACUUACAGAGCUGGAGGAUUCUUCAAAUGCUGAGAAACGUGAAGGCAGUGAUACCAGGCUCUCUUCAAAGAGAAAAAAAGAAGAUAGACUCUGUUUAGCAAACAGAGCCAUGUGUUUAGACUGCAGAACAAAAAAGAAGAUAACACCAAAAAAGACUCCCAAACCAAUAUCUAGGUCUUGGCUCUCUCAAGAACAAAGUCGCAUUAAAGUUAUGGAAGCCUUGACAGAAACUCUCCAGAAAAGGCUGAAUGAUUUGGUUGACAUGGAUGUGCAGAAAAAUAUAGCAUCGAAAAUAGCAAAGAAAGUGGAGACAGAGAUAUUCAAACAUUUUGGCCGUGUGGAUCAGCUUUAUAAAAAUAAGUAUCGCAGUCUGCUCUUCAAUCUGAAAUCAAAAGACAACCAGCUGUUCCACAAGUUGAUGCUUGGAAAAAUCACCCCAAGGAGACUUGUUCAGAUGAACUCUUUAGAGAUGGCCUCCGAGGAACUAGCAGAGUGGAGAGCCAAGAAGAACAAACAUGAAUUGGAGAUGAUUGAGAAAGAAGAGCGAGAAAUGCCAAGGCAUUGCACUGAAAAGUUCACCCACAAAGGAAUUGUUGAGAUAGACAAACAAGCAGAUAUAGAUGUGGCAUCUGAAGAAAUAAUUGAAUCAUCGCUGCUUGAGGUGCCAUCCUUAGUUGGGAGCAACCAAAUAAGAGAGUUGGCUGCUGACAGUGAGCGGCUGUUUGAGCCAGCCACAUAUAAAUUUACUUUUAAGCAGGAGGUAAAUCCCUCUCAGAUUUUGCAUCAAAACGUCACAUGCUCGGAGAUUGACAAGAGACCUCAGGAUGAGGGCAGGUCUGCCUUUGCUAGCACUGCAAACAGAAAUCGACCAGUGGCAAAACAAUCCAGCUACUCAGUCAUCUGGAAUGGGCUUAUCCAGAUGUUCAGUGUGAAGCAGUUUGUAGCCAAAGCAUAUCCUGUUUCUGGUUUUGGUCCUCAUCUCUGUCAGGCUUUACCAACAGUUCUUCAGUCAGAAGGAUGUAUUCUCCCCAAGGAUGUCUGGGUUUAUGUAGACAGCAUAUGGCCAACAAAGAGAGAGGAAAUGGGGGUGAUACGAUUCCGCCCCAGUUUAUCCAGAGAUUUCAAUUCUUACCACACAUUGUAUACCUAUCUGAACAACAGACAGAGAUACGGCAUUGUGGAAAGCAGUCAGAUGGAGAUAUUCCUGGUGCCAUUACCAGCCUAUCAAUUGGUGCCUUCCCAAUUCCACCCAGUAGGUGGACCAGGGCUUGAUCGAUGCCACCCAGCUUUGCUGUUAGGGCUGAUUUUGCCCAAAAGAACUCGUCUGGACAUUCUGAAGACAAGUCAUGAUCUUCCACCUAAAGCCAAGAGAAAGAGAGUCACUUCUAAGGUCAGCCCGGAAAACAGCUGCUUCACUGUCCCAUCACAUUUACAGGUAGCUGUUGGUCAGGAACAGAUCCCGCAGCCUCUGUGCACAGAAGGGCUUCCCUCUGGGGAAGGUCUGACAAGCCUUCCAAAGCAAGAGGAGCUGACAGUUAAUAGUCUUCUCAGUCUCAUAGAACUGCUCAAAAGAGAAAUACUGUGUAGAGCGCCUUCCUCUUCUUGCCAUCAAGAUGCAAGAGAUGAAGUCAAUCAAAUUUCUUUGGGUGAUACUUUCCAUUCAACAGCAGAUUCUGCUUCAACUGGAGAACAAUUGGGCAAUUCAAUUCUGGAAAUUUUGGGAGCGCAGCCAUGUCAGAGUGGGGAAGAGAUACAGUUUUGCAUCGAUUCUCAUCCAUCAGAUUUCUGUAGCAUGCUUGGGCCUCUUUUACCUUCUGGGGUUUUACAUCCAGAUCAACAUGGAACUCAUAUGGCAUUACCAUAUGGAGCCCAAGGGAUAAACACCUUUGAAAAUCCGCUUUCACCUAGUGUCCUUUGUGCUGAAGUUGUGACACCUGUUGAAGAAUGUCAGGCUCAACUUUCACCCCAGGUUCCUUAUAGCAACAUGAUCAGAGAACAUAACCCAUCUGUACAGGAAACUUUAUGUCUCAUCCAAUAUGUGACACAGAUGCAGUCCAGCAUUCAAAAUCUGGAAGCUCAACCAUUUAGUCUCCUUACACAGAAAAUGAUCCCUGCAUUGUCUCAGAUUCCAGCAGGAAUAGAGUCAUUUCCAGUCCAGCGAGACGGUGGAUACUACAUAGGGCCAACUUGAGAUGCUUGGGAGGAUGACAGAUGUGAUGGUGGCAGUUUAAAGCUGCAAAAUAGAGGACAACUCCUCUUUGAGAGCAAACAGGGUAGAAAUAGGGGUAGAAUAAGCUGCAGGUAAGGGAAGUUUCAUUACUUUCUUAACCUGCUUGCAUAUUUAUUCCUUAUCAUUCUAAGAGACUGGGGCUCUUAGAAUUGGCUCACCAGAAACCAUUGUCAAUUCAAGAUUUAAAAUGAGCAUUUUCCAUGAAGUUAAUGGAAUGGCAUUUGGUAAUUUCCAGGGCAAAAAGAGAUGGAUAGUUUUAUGGUUUUAUGUUAUAUGCUGAUGAUUUUGAAUAUGUAUGUUGGGCAAGAGGCAGAUUCCAUGAGGAAAAUGAGAAUUGUAUUGGGGGUUGAAAUUAUUGUCUGAAUAGAAGACAACUGUUCCUAAAGUUUAUUUCCAUGUUAAGAAACCAUUCAAAAGUGUUUUUUUUAAAUAAAGGUUUUAUUACUUUUGUAAGA